UCGUUUUUAGACUUCUCGGCUACGGUUUUGUUACGGUUUUGGUUUGAGAGAGGGAACGGAAGAAGAUGGAGGAGUGGAUUCCGCUGUUCGACAUUUUCUUGAAUAGUUCCUCGCCGGAAACCGAGGCUUCGCUGUGGCUAGAUCAGGCUUCUUCUUCCUCCACCUCCUCUGCCGCGGCGGCGCCCAUCAACCGGAGCUCGUUUGUUUCGUUGCUGAAGAAACAAUGCGAUCAUCAGAAUUCAUCUCCGGCUACGAAGAAGGUUCUAUUCAUUGAGACAUUACCCAACAUGGUUCAGUCAAAGAUUCUAUCUUUCCUUCUUUCCGAGUAUCAGAGGUUUCGCGUUAGUGAUUUGGUAUCGCUGGCUAGAGAAAUUUUGGCUAGUAAAGUUGUUGAUUUCUGGGUUCAGAGAGAUGCACAGAACCUGCUCGACAAAAUUCCUAAACCAAAGUUUGAUUGGAUAUCUCAUCUAGAUUUGGCUUCUGCUAAUGAAGAUAGCUUUAGGGAGGAAUUUGACUCUGUACCUGAUUGGCUCACUGAGAAGGCUGCUUCUACUGGUACGAUUCUUGCAUGGCUUCCUGUAUCAUUCGAUGAUGUAGAUGAUUCAGAAAUGCUGGUUGUUGAUUCUUGGAAUGGAGAGGAGGUGAGUCUCAUCAGAGAUGAGAUUAUGGAAGAAGAUCAUCGAGAAGUUGUUGGUAACAUAGAUCAUACCAUGAAUGUUGUUGGGUUACAAGCUGAUGAUCAUGAAUUGGCGGCGAAUCUUAGAGCUCAGGUUACUAGCUCUCAGUCUACUAUUGAAGUUUUAAACUUGUGUGAUGAAAUUCGAAAACUUUGCUUGGAGAAGGGUGUUAGGGAAUCUUUUAAAGUUUUGGAGUUGAUUGAACCUUGGAAUGCAGAUGAUGAGACUGCUGCUGUUUUGCUUUCGAAUUUGCAUAGUGGAAUUGAGGAAGAUGAGCUUGGUUGGCCAAGCCAAGUUCUAUGUUCAAUCGUGCUUCCCAAGUUUUUGUCUCUCGAGACAUCCGCCUCUCGUGUGUUAAUGUCUGCAACAAUCGAGUUUUGCAAGAUCUACCAAAGAACAGCUGAGUAUGCAUUGGUGUUCCCUUUGAUACUCAGGAAAAAAGGGAUAAACAACUUCAUCUGUGAGAUGAUUUCAAGGGUUUUGAAAGAAUGCUUGCACUUGGGUCAUACAUCUGGUUUUUGCCAGAAGUUACUUUGUGGAAGAACUGAAGAGAGGAGGUUUCUGUUCCUUCCCUGCCACCGAGAUCUUAUAUCUGAAGAUCUAACAUGGAAUGAAUCUCUGUUUAUCCUUUUCCAGAACGUCUUGCUCCAAGACGUCCCUUUAACCCAAGAUUCUGUUGAUUGUCUUGUUUCCAAGGUUCAGGAGUUGGCGGCAAGGUAUUCCAAAUCUCUAAAAUUUGGAAACUUCUUGCUACAUUUUAUUGCCAAGUGUGCUCCGAUGCUACAGGCUCAUAAGUAUCAGCUGGUCGAAGCUGUUAAGUGCACUAACAGUCUAGUCACAAAAUCUAUCUUGUCGAAACUCAACGCCCUGUAGCUCCAAUAUCAUAGUCUGGUCUUUGGCAUACACCUUUCUUCUGUGGU